UUAUGGGCAGCCCAUGACCCCCACGGACUUGGCAUCCUCUUUCUCUACAAUGACUCUUCCAAAUCCCGACAAUCAAUGGUACGUGGAUUCGGGUGCCACAUCUCACAUGACGAACAAUGCUGCUACUCCAGUUGACAUUAAGUCAAAACUUAGUGCAGAUGCAGGACCACCAUUUUGGGAUCCGACUUUGUAUCGCAGUUUAGCAGGUUCUCUUCAGUACCUCACUUUCACUAGGCCGGAUAUUGCCUAUGCGGUACAACAGGUGUGUCUUUUUAUGCAUGAUCCUCGGGAACCUCACUUUGAGGCAUUGAAACGGCAGCGUUAUGUUCAGGGUACCAUUGAUCACGGCUUACAUUUAUAUCCGACUGUUUCUCAUCGACUUAUUACUUACACUAACUGGGGAGGUUGUCCCGAUACCCGACGUUCCACAUCGGGCUAUUGUUGUUUCCUUGGGGACAACCUCGUGUCUUGGUCAUCUAAGUGUCAACAUACCUUGUCUAAGUCGAGUGCAGAAGCGGAAUAUCGAGGCGUCGCAAAUGUUGUCUCAGAGGCAUGUUGGCUUCGUAAUCUUUUACUUGAGUUACAUUGUCCUCUACGGCAGGCUACUAUUGUUUAUUGUGAUAAUGUCAGUGCUAUCUACCUUUCUGGAAACCCGGUACAACACCAAUGCACCAAACAUGUGGAGAUGGAUAUUCAUUUUGUUCGAGAAAAGGUUGCUUUGGGACAAGUUCGGGUUUUGCAUGUUCCUACUAGAUAUCAGUUUGCGGACAUUUUCACCAAAGGCCUACCACGAGAUUUAUUUCUGGAAUUUAGGUCCAGUCUUAACAUACGUCCUCCUCCCGCUACGACUGCGGGGGUGUGAUAGAUAUUAUAGGA